GGUCCCAGCAUUCCAGCGUUAGUCAGUAGAGCGAACAGGAGGUCUCAAAAUGCAAACCCGAGCGUCUCUUGUUGUUUUGCUGCUUCUAGCAUGUUUAUUUGGUGUCCACCAUGGUUCCCCGUUGCCCCAAGAGGUCCUCCCUAGACCACAGGAGAACUUUGAACUGGAAAAACUCCUGGGUUUCUGGUAUGAGGUGGCGGUGGUCGCUACCUGUCCUUACUACAUGCAGGCACAAAAAGACAACCCUGCCAUUGUGAAAUUUGAACUAUACAAUUCCACUGAGGACAAUGUGGUCCAAAUGAGAGGAACUGUUCCAAGCCCGGGUACUUGUAAGCAGAUAUCCGUCGAUUUCCAUCUGACGAACCAAUCGGGGCAUUUCUACCACCAUUUUGAUGAGUUCAAUGCAGAUGUUGAGACCUACGUGGUUCAGACCAACUACAAUGAGUACGUCAUAUGGGUCAUACUGAGCACAGAGCAGCCCUCUGGGAUCAAGACCACACUAGUCAAGCUGUACAGUCGAGCGAUGAAUGUGAGAGAGGGCGUGCUGACCAAAUAUAAGGCACUCGUCCGUACCCAGGGAAUGAGCGAGGACGUCAUUAUCUUCAAAGACAACAAAGGAGAGUGUGAUCAGAUCAAUGCUCCCAGACCUGUCGAUGCAGUGUGUCUAAUGCCAAAUGGAGGAUAAAAUAAGUGCCUGUUACUGUUACAGAUGCAGUGUGUCUAAUGCCAAAUGGAGGAUAAAAUAAGUGCCAUUGUUUAUCUUUCUUGUCAGGUUUAUAAAAUGUGUGGAUUUGGCUCAUUGAACAAUAAAAAGUUUGUUCUAUUCUGAAUAACACAC